GUGUGUGUGGUGAUGAAAAGAAAAGUGAAACCUGUUAAAGAGUCAGUAUUAUGGAGAUUUAAAGAAAUAGUCCCUACAACAGUACUGGGCGAUAAAUACCCGGAUGGUGUACUGCUUCCGGUGAGAUUUUGCAGCCGAUGGACUCUACGCGAGUCAAAAAUCCCAAAAUGCAACGGGACUGUUGGGGACGAGUUCAGAAAAAAAAGAAAGAAAAGAAAGAAAAGAAAAGAAAAUGGCGGAAGACAGUGUCGGCUCUUUUUAAGAUUUAAAGCUUGGUUAAACAGGGCUUUUUUUUUUUAAUUAAACAAUACCCGAAUAAAUUGUUAACUUGAUGAAGUUUUAAACAAGGAAACAGUUGUCACAGCGUUUGAAACCUUUAUUGUGAGCUCCAUCAUCUCCAGCUAACGAAGUUACCUCAGCCUGUUAACAUUAACCCCGCCCACAUUACAUUAUUAAUUCAGUAUUUUUCCUGAUGUGCAUUUUGCUAAGGAAGCCCUAAGCGGCCAUCCAUCCAUCCUUCCAUAUUCUAUACCGCUUAUUCUUCCUUCAGGGUCACGGGGAACCUGGAGCCUAUCCCAGGGAGCAUCAGGCACAAGGCGGGGUACACCCUGGACAGGGUGCCAGUCCAUCGCAGGGCACAAUCACAUACACACUCACACACCCAUUCAUACACUACAGACAUGCCAAUCAGGCUACCAUGCAUGUCUUUGGACUGGGGGAGGAAACUGGAGUACCCGGAGGAAACCCCCGCAGCACGGGGAGAACAUGCAAACUCUGCACACACAGGGCCACGGUGGGAAUCAAACCCCCGACCCUGGAGGUGUGAGGCGAACGUGCUAACCACUGUGCCCCAUCUAAGCAGCCAUGCAUUAUAAAUUUUUGUCUUUGUUGUUUUCUCGUGAUCUCGACAUAACAAAAAGUUGUUUUCUCGUGAUCUCGACAUAACAAAAAAUUGUUUUCUCGUGAUCUCGACUUAAUUUUUUUGUGUACUCGACAUCUAUCGUCCUGAAGUCAGUGGGGUUUUUGAAUGGGUUUUUUUGGUUAAAUGCCUGAAAUAAGGUCUGUGGUUAACACAAGCUCAAGAUAUGUUCAUGUUCUAUACUACGACAUAAAAGACAUCAGUAAUACAUAUACAUCAGCUUUUACGUUUCUUGAAAAAGGCGGUUGCUAACAAGUGGCUAAAUGUUACUACAGAGGUUGUCGGGGACGUUAAACGUCAUCACGCCGAACAGGAAAUCUCAUCUACUACAGCCUCGUUGUGUUUAUACUCGUGCUCUUGUAACUCAAACUUUCCAACUUGUAGAUUUAACAAUUUAUAGUAUUUUCCAAUUGUAUUGUUUUUUAAAUAAAGAGUUGUUGGAAGCUUAGUGGUGGUGAAGAGAUCACGAGAAAAAAAAUUGUUAUGUCGAGAUCACAAGAAAAUUUUUUUUUUUUAUGUCCAGAUCACGAGAAAACAACAGGGAAAAAAUUACUACUGCAUGGCCUGUUAGGGCGUUGCUUUAAUCCGGUGGUCCCUUUAAGAUUUCUGUGUUUACGGUGACGUCAAAGGUCACAUGACAAUGACAAUAACAAUAUGGCGGAUGUGAUUUGUACGGGACUGUACAAACCAGUGUACAAACCAGUGUACAAACCAGUACUGUACACACUAUUUCAGCUGUCACAGUACGCGAUUUCGGAUGCAGCCGUGGAUUCAAGCGUAAUCAGUUUUCCCCUGUAAAGCCAUUAUAUAUUGUGGAAGGCAGAUUUAUCACUCAGUCCCAUGUCUCAGAAGACGUUUGCCUUCACGUCGGCCACACUGCGCUCUCUGCGGCUGGAACAGGAGCUUCAGGAUUGGGAGGAAACACGAAGGGCACUGGCGCACAGGAGGGUAAUGAGUAGGCGGCCACUGCCAGCCGCACCCCGGCUCAGACACGGGACAGAGAGGAUCCAGACAGUACGAGCCCCUCCACCUCAAAUCCACUGCAGAGACCCGGCUGUCCACAACACAUUCAUGUAUGGAGACAUGAGGAGUGUGUACGCUGUACUCAAAGAACCUGGUAUGGUGAAUGCCCUAAUGGAGAUCGUCCAUGAGGAGAUGGUGUGGACUCCAGAAAUGGGCAUGUGGACUCUGUCCUCCAAAGUGAAGCAGACAUCUGCCCUGCACCUGGCUGCCAGCACGGGGCACUAUGGAUGUGUGGAGGAGCUGUUAUUCCGGGGAGCAGAGGUGGAUGCUGACCCUGGGGGUCGAACGGCCCUCCACGAUGCCUGUUCCGGGGGUCACCACUCCUGUGUAAAGCUGUUGCUGGAGCAUGGAGCUGACCCCGAUCUGCUGACAGCCAACGGUGAUGCGCCCCUUCACCUGUCCAACACUGCUGGGUCCUACGCCUGUACAGAGCUGCUUGUCAGCAUGGGUGCCGAUGUGAACGUGGUCCAGCAUGACUCGUGUCUCACUCCACUGCACUUGGCAUGUCGGAGGGGUCUGGAGGAACAUGUGGAACUGCUGCUGCGCUAUGGAGCCGACGUGACUGUGCAGAACCGUGAGGGUGAGACGCCUCUGAAUGCUGCAUGCGCCGGAGCUGAGAGGCCAGCUGAGGCUGCGCGAUACCUGGGUGUGGUGCAGAGACUGCUACAAGCUGGAGCACAUGCACAUACAGCGGGCAGGAAGCAGCACACUGCGCUACACAAUGCCUGUAGUAACUGCAGCUAUCAAAUUGCUGAUAUGCUUCUGCAGCAUGGAGCUCGGGCAGAUGCAGCCAACUGUGCAGGAUACACACCCAUGGACUGCCUGCUGCAGGUGGUAGAGGAUUAUCCAGACCAGCACCCUGAACUAAUCGCUCGUUCGCUUCUCAAUCACGGAGCAAAGCCUCCUUCCACCAGAAUGCUGAAGUCGUGCCUCCUCUCCCCUGCCACUCUGGAAGUGAUGCUAAACUGCUACCCAGUGGUUCCAGACUGUGAGGAUUGGCUACAAGAAGUUCCAGAUGAACUACUGAAGGAGCACAAGUGUUUCUUCGACUCGGUUCGUCGGAUGAGCGGGCAGCCCAGCACACUCCAGCACCUCUGCCGAUGUUCCCUGAGACUAAGUAUGGGUGCACAAUGCCACUCUGACAUCAAUAAGCUAAACAUCCCAUGUGCACUAAAAGAGUACCUGCUGCUGCCGAUUAAAGGAGAGAUCCAAUGAUACUAAGUGGACAGGAAAACACAGACAAAACCACGAACUAGCAUGCAAAUAAUAAAUGUUACGGAACCAUAUAGCCAUGAACUGGGUUGUGUUAAAGCUGUUCGAUGACUAUAUGGUGACAAAUGACCAUAAGCAGUUCAAAUGGAAAACAGCACAAUUUCAUUCAUAUCUUUUGUCAUUUUUGCAUGAGUUAUUUUUUAUUUGCCAAUAAUACGGUUGUUUUAUUCUAAGACCACUUAUUCAUGGAUGCAGCACUUAAUUUUGCUAUUAUUUUAGAGAAUAACAAGCAUUGAAUGUGGAACAUCUGCAGGACAAGAUUAUCCCUCUUAUCGUCUCUUGACAAUUUUAGAAGUUUAAAAAAACAUUUUUUUUAGCUUGUCAUGUUACUGAAGAUUCCAAAUUGCUGAAACUGGAAACUCCAAAAAGGGUUAAAUAACGGCUUUAUAGAAAACUUCACCAAGAAUGUUAUGUUUUUCUUCAUCAAAUAACGACACAUUUUUUGUAGAAUUUGUUUUACAAAUUUGUGUGUGUGUGUCUUUAAAUAUUGAACUGUUUGGAACUGAGAUUGAUCUAUAGUUAUUUAAAUUAUAUCAUCAGCAUGGUUUCUAUAGACAAGCACAUAAGCACAGUUUUAUUAGCAUUAAAAGCAUAGUUCAAUCUUGAGCAAGCAUUGCAAUUUUCUGACUGAUUUUCAGUAUUCCAUAAGCACAUUAAACUAAGUCUUACAUUACAGGUUCCUAACCCUGGUAAUUGAGUACCCCCUGUCCUGCACGUAUUAGAGAGUUUCCUGCUGCCAACAUACCUGAUUUAACUAAUAAACAGCUCUGAGUUGAAAUGGGUGUUAGAGCAGGGGGAAAAAUUAAAAUGUUGAAGACAGCAGGCAUUUUUGGACCAGUGUUGAGAAUUUAUUGCAUUGUGUGCAAGGAAAAAAACAAAAAACAAAAAACAGAACCACCGUUCGUUUAGCUCACCAAGAAUCCAUAAGCAGGGUUGCAGGUUGCCUAUGCAAGGGAGCUCAUGGUACAGGGUUGCAGGUUACCUAUCCCAGGGAGCUCAUGGUACAGGGUUGCAGGUUACCUAUCCCAGGGAGCUCAUGGCACAGGGUUGUAGGUUGCCUAUCCCAGGGAGCUCAUGGCACAGGGUUGCAUGUUGCCUAUCCCAGGGAGCUCAUGGCACAGAUUUGUAGGUUGCCUAUCCCAGGGAGCUCAUGGCACAGGGUUGUAGGUUGCCUAUCCCAGGGAGCUCAUGGCACAGGGUUGUAGGUUGCCAAUCCCAGGGAGCUCAUGGCACAGGGUUGCAGGUUGCCUAUCCCAGGGAGCU